AUUAGUUUAAUUUUCACCUCGUCUUAUCGUGAGUGUGUGACUGUGUGAGUUGAUUGUAGUAGAUUGUAAACGAAAAAAAUUGUGCUGCGUAAAAAUUCCUCUUUUCUUCGACGCGCUUCACAUACACACCACCACUAGUAGUAGUUCUGGUUUUUUCCUCUCCUUCGGCCACGCGGCGCACUUUUCUCUUUCCCCUCCAUUCCGCCCCGAAGGGCUCACUCUCUCACUCUCAUUCCCCUCCCCAGCGGCCAGCACUGCUGCUACACACGCCACCAUUUUAACUCGGGCUUGACUCGCGUUUCGAUUCCUGUGUUCCGAGACGGAUAAUCAGGUUGCAUCAAAAAUUCAGCCAGAUUCAGGAAGCCUGUCAGACUUUGACUUUGAAAGAAACGGUUCAAGCUCCACUGUCAAGAGGCCUUUCAGCAGUGUAAGCCCAUCAAUGGAGAAUGAACCUGAUGCCAAGAGAAUGGCAGCAGCCGUGGCUGCUGCUGCAGCAGCAGCUGCAGCAAAUGCAGCGGAUCCAUUUGGAGCUUUGAGAUCACCUGGAAUGCAGGGAAGAGGACCGAUGAUGAAUAUGCCUGCUGCCUCCAUGAUGAACCUCGGUCCUAUAAGCACUGAAGAAGUUGCUGUUCCAGACAAAAUGGUUGGACUAAUUAUCGGACGAGGUGGUGAGCAGAUUUCAAGACUGCAGGCUGAAUCUGGAGCUAAAAUUCAAAUGGCACCUGACAGUGCAGGCCUACCUGAUCGAACUUGCACAAUCACUGGCUCAAGAGAAGCGAUAGGGAGGGCUCGUGAAUUGAUCAAUAAUAUUGUUCAGACUCGUGGUGGACCCAGAGAUGCUGGACCUCCAUCGGUUGAAUCUAUGGGUGGGCAACACAAUGUGGGUAUUGACCUCACUUUAGCUCCCAAUGUUGAAGUUAUGAUCCCAGGCCCUAAAGUAGGUUUAAUUAUUGGUAAAGGGGGUGAGACAAUCAAACAGUUGCAGGAGAGAUCUGGAACGAGGAUGGUUGUAGUACAGGAUGGCCCACAACAAGAAAACGAAAAGCCCCUUCGCAUCUAUGGUGACCCUCAGAAAGUUGAGCAUGCAAAACAACUUGUGUACGACCUCAUCGCCGAAAAGGAGAUGGAAGUUUCCGCCUUCAGUCGAGGACAGAGGUUUGGUAGUUAUGGAGGAGGUGGGCCGCAGCAAACUAUCGAGGUGGCAGUGCCGCGAUCGGCUGUCGGUGUUGUAAUUGGCAAGAACGGCGAGAUGAUCAAGAAGAUCCAGAACGAAACGGGAGCCCGGGUUCAGUUCCAGCAGGGACGAGACGACAAUCCCGAGGAACGGAUGUGCGCGCUGACAGGCACCAUGAACCAGAUCGAGGACGCCAGACAACGCAUCGAAGAACUCAUUGAAUCUGUAUUGGUGUUGGGGGAGUCGCAGGCGCGUGAUAGCCAGAUGGGGCGGGGCCGGGGUCGGACAGGAGGAAGUACAGGCGGCAGCAGUAUGAAUGGAGCUCCUUAUGGACGAAGCCCUGGAGGUGGAAGUUCAACAGGAGGUGGAUGGGGAGAGUAUGGACCUGGAGUCGGCCGGAGCGGAGGACCAAGCAUGGGAAUGGCCCGUAAUGGACAAGACAAAGUCGAAUACCAAUUCCUGGUUCCUUCCACCAAAACCGGAAUUAUUAUAGGCAAAGGAGGCGAAACGAUCAAGCAAAUCAAUCAACAGUCUGGAGCGUUUUGUGAGCUUGAUAGGAGGCCCCCUCCAAAUCCAAAUGAAAAGAUCUUCAUCAUCCGUGGAUCACACGAACAAGUUGAAUUGGCUAAACGAAUGAUCAGCGAAAAACUAGGAUUGGGACCAAUGGGUGCGCCACCGACACAAGGAUAUCCAAUGGGACAGAACCAGAAUGCAGGAGCAUAUGCAGCUCAAGGAUGGGGAGCAGCCGCCUAUCAACAGUGGCCUGGACAACCCAACGACCCCUCUAAAGCGGAUCCCAAUGCCGCAAACGCAGCCGCAUGGGCUGCCUAUUACCAACAGCAACAGUUCUAUCAACAACCCGGAAGUGGAGCUCCUUCGGCCCAGAGUGGCAAUCCUGGACAGCCCGAGAGCAAUAGCGGGAGUGUCCCUGUCAAUCCCCAAACCGGACAACCAGAUUACACAGCACAGUGGAUACAAUAUUACAGAAGUAUUGGAGCCAUGAAAGAUGCGGAAGCUCUUGAACAACAGCUCAAGGCCAGCAAGGGUAUGGGGAAUACGGCAGUGUCAGCGGCUCCUGCAGCCGCUCCAGCGGCGGCGCCUACUCAAGACUACAGCGCACAGUGGGCUGCAUAUUAUCGCUCAAUUGGCAAGAUUGGAGAAGCUGAAGCCAUCGAAGCCCAAGCCAGGUUGAAGCAGAGUGCACAGGGUGGUCAAGGUCCAGGUCAAGCAGGAUCAGCUGCUCAGUACGGUGCCUACCCUGGUGCUGGAUCUGGUGGUAGCGCUGCAGCCACGGCUGGAUACUAUGGUGGACAGCCCGGCGGUGGCCAACCUCAAGGCGGAGCAGCAGCCUACGGCUACCAGGGAUACGGAGGCUAUGGACAAGCCCCAUCUGAUGGACAAUAGCAGGAAACAACAGUGUGGUUUGCUGCAAGCUGGUAACAAUAGAUCGUGUCUUCUCAUCGAUGUUCACAUAAUCCAACGUGUCGAAAAAAAUGCGUCAUGUUAUUCUUUUUUUUUUUCUCCACUCUACUCUCCAUCCAUCCUAUUUUAAUGUCUGUUGGUUGAUGGGCUUGUGUUUUUAUUUUUGAUUGGGUUCCUCUUCCUUUGGUUUUUUUCCUUGAUACCAACCUAAAGCUCAGACUAACGUAGGAAAAGGAGAAGGCAAAGUACACACAGUCGUCGGAAAUGUGCUAUUCUGUCUUUUACAUGUUUGUUCAUUUUUACCCACCCAAUUCUCCCUCCCUCAACAUCCGCAACUGAAAUUUUCUCCCAUAACCCGCUGUUCAUUUGUUUCGAUAUUUGAAACUGAUCCAGUGUGAUUCGCAAUCUAACAAUCCAUCAAGGUCGAAAAAACACGCUACCCAUCCUCAGGUCGUUUGAGUCCAGUCUUAUAAGCUGAGAAAAUAUCUUUUUUUUUUUUGUCUUGGUUCAUUCGAGAUAACACGUUUGCAUUUUUCUCCACUAUAUUGACGAUCCAAUAUUGUUGCCAUGUUGAAGAGACUUUUUAAAGAUACCUGUCUUUUGCUGCUGCUGCUGAUGAUUUUGCAACAAUCCGAUGUUCGAGUUUAUUUCUCAAAAUCGAGGAAGUAAUGUGUCCACAUUGAUCGUGAGUUUUGUCCCCUUUUAUCCCUCCCAUUGUCUCGAGCUGACUCCCCUUAUAUAACCCGCCUCAAUUCCCAUCUUUUCUUUGUCCGUUGAUAACGAGUAGAACAUUAUUUAAACAAAACUCCCCUAAGUUUUUCUUUGUACUAGGUGUAGGCUUAUUUAGAAGUUUCAGUUAAACGAUGGUGGAUGUUUGUCAAAAACUUAAAGAACAUUUUUUUGGGAUUCAAUUUUGAAAUACUUGUCUUAAGCAUACUAAAAUCCAUGGAUUCAUUAUUUAGUGUCUUGUGUGCUCGUUGCGUAUUUUGAACUGAUAGCUAAAACGACAAAUAACCAUAAUUGGAUUGUAGGGCCUUCAUAUCUUAUUGAUUCCAAUUUCCCGAUAUUUUCCGCUGGUUGACUUAGAUGCUUACAAAAAUCUGGGGAAAGGUCAGGGUGACUUGGGUAACGAAAUCUUGAUGACCUUUUCCAAUUUUGACAUAUUGUAAUCUUUGCCGCUUCGUGAAAGCAUAUGCAUAGCUUCUUUACCUUACAUCCCGUUUACCAUCAUCCCUCCUCCAUGGCCCUGUUUUUUUUUCUGAUUUGAUCUACACUGGAUGGAUGUUUUGGUUAUUUUUAUUUCUAUUAUUAACUAUUAUUGAUUUUGAUGGUCUGUAAACACGUGAGUGUUGUUUUCAUCGACGAUAGAAUCAAGAUUUAUGUUAGGAAGAUUCCCUUUAGAAAGAUACCCGUGCAAUCUGGGCUGGGCCGCCAGUUGAAUACUUCGUCUUUUGAAAAAAAAUAAUUUGUGCGAUCCCGUUUGAUGAACAUUUGAGAGCAAAAUGGGUUUAUUGAUGAUGACAUUGAUAUAAUGCGAAGGGUUUGUCCUCUUGUUUAUUAUUUUUAAAAUAUGCCGUGAUCUAUUUUUUUUUCUGUCACGUUAACUCGAAAUCAUUUUGUUCGUUUUUUUUUUUUUUUUUUUUAACUGCCACUGCUUCAAAAUUAAGACAAAAAAAAAACUCCGGGUCUCAAAAAAAAAAAAUUUGAAACGUUUGAAAAAAGAAACAGUCUGGUUGCGCGUGAUCAACAGUAUGUCCAUGUUCAUGUUUUUGUCCAUGUGAAAAUAUCUUUGCAAACAUAAGUUAGGAAAAAGGAAACCGUGAGUGUUUUUAAAAAACAAUUUUACUCCCAUGCUGUUCAAAUUGACUCGUGCGCCCUCGCCACCGACUUGAUUUUGAUUAUUUUUUUGAAGUGAUGACUCGAUAUCCCGCGCCUCCUUUCUUAUCAGUCCCGUAAUCCACGCUGUACAGAUUUAAAUCAUUGUACUUUGCAACGUCAUUUUGAUUCUGUGACCUAUCUAUAGCGAAAAAUUGCCAAUUGUUCAAGGAGGAUGACAUUAUUGGAAACGCGGGCCAAUUAUUGAGUGUUUAAUUCUGUCGUCUUAACGCCCCUCUGCUGAUAUCUAACGGAUUUAUCAAUGAAUUGCCGUGCAUACCACCAAAAUGAGAGUGUACAAACGAAAAAAAAACCCAUGCCCUUGCCGGAUCUUUCAAGAAAAAAAAAAUUGUAACAUCUCGUCCGAUUUUUGAAAGUUGAUUUUUUUUUCUCUAUUUACCGCCAUCCUCAACUUCCCACAGUCUGUCACAAUCUUCUCCAAUAGAUUUUCGUUUUUUUUUAUCAUUGAUUUUUUAAAACAGAAACAUUUUGCUGUGUCUCUUCAGUGUUUAAAAAAAAAUCUGCGUGUCCAUCUA